UGAACAUGUCUGCCGUUUAGUACUCUACCGCAACAUCAGCUUGAGGUAGUUUUAUGCUGCUUUCGCAGACUCGCAGACCGAGAACAGCACCGGCGGUCACAAGAACUAAAAUGGCAUCCACAAGGUCCAUCAUGUUGUGUCGGUUUAAGAUAAAAAAUAAAGGUGCGGAGGCCGGGACUGAGCACGAAGCGAGGCUGUCGUCCUGCUCCCAUCAUCAGCGUGGCACAGCAGCAGGUCCAUCUUCAUGGCUUUUCCGCAGCAGGACAAAAACACGCAGAAGGGGGUGCAAGAGGUGGAAGCAGAUGCAGGAGAGCGUCUUUCUUGGAAGUAGAAAAAUGCUUUGGACGUCGCGAGGAGGACCUCCGAAUGCGCUUCUAGUACAUCAGGGUGGUACAACAAGAACAAGAACAACCCUCGCGGCGCUUCUUUCUUUGUUCUUUUGUUUGCAGCUUCUGACGUUUAUUGCUUCAUCAUCAUCCGCGGUGC